GCUUCCGAUGAACGCCGAAACCGUUACGCAGAUGCCGCCGGCGACUCCAUCCACAGCUUUCACUGACUCCUCCUCCGAUGAAGCAAUCAACGCUGCAGUUGACUUAGAGCUCGCGUCUGCUGCGGCAGUAGGAGUCGGAAUAGUAAGUUACUCAAACGGAAACGGCGGCGGAUUCGGAAGGAGCAAAGCGAAGGGACCUUGGUCAUCGGAGCAGGACGCUGUUCUGACGAGGCUUGUGAGCAAGCUAGGGCCGAAAAACUGGACUCUGAUAGCACGUGGCAUCCCAGGCCGGUCUGGGAAAUCGUGCCGGUUAAGGUGGUGCAAUCAGCUCGAUCCUUGCCUCAAACGUAAACCGUUCACUGAUGAGGAGGAGAAUCUGAUAAUGUCAGCACACGCGGUUCACGGAAACAAAUGGUGUGUGAUUGCAAAGCUCUUACCUGGUAGAACAGAUAACGCAAUCAAGAACCAUUGGAACUCUGCUCUUAAGCGUAAACACGCAGAUAUUUGGAACAGUCAUCAGUCCAAGUCUAAUACUGUUGUCAGAAAGGUGUGGAAUCCAUCAUCGUCCCACAAAGAAGAAACCAGUUGUUCUCACCCUUCUCCUCAGGUAUCAACUGAUGUUAAAAAGGAGGAUGAAGCAAAGAAGCCUCGGGAAGGAAAGUGUAAGCCUAGUGUUUAUCGUCCCGUGGCUCGAAUGGGUGCUUUCAGUGUCUAUAAGCCUGGCUACAUGAAUCAUCAUAUAGCUCCAUGUGAGGGACCUUUGGUUCAAGCAGCAAGACCUGACUCGUUGGCUGGUCAGUUUCUUCGGUCUCUUUGUUAUCAACCUAACGUCCCUUCGAGGUGUGGUCACGGUUGCUGUAACCAACUACCGGAGAAAACUCUGUCAUCGUCUUUGCUGGGACCAGAGUUUGUGGAUUAUGAGGAGCCUUCUUCUGCAGGUUUAGAUCAAGAAUUGGUUUCUAUAGCAACUGAUUUGAACAGUAUUGCUUGGAUAAGGAAUGGACUUAACAGUAGCUAUUCCAGAGAAGUGGGACAGAGUUUGAAUGCUGGUGGUAAUCUUCAUCUUGAACAUGCUCGAGCUCGAGCGAGGUUUACUGGAAUGGUGAACAGUGGUAUGCCAAGUCAGAUGCGGAGGCAAGAUUUAAGGGCUUUAAUCUAACUUUAGAGAGAUAACAUAUCGUGUAAUGUUUUUAUCUGUUGUAUCUGAUCUUAGAAUAUCGAAAUUUUACAAGUAAACUUCGCACGAUGCAGUGUUAGUGUUAUGUAUUAUGAUGAUAAAGUGCGUGAUUUCUAUGAUUCUAUGUUCC